AUGCGUUUCAGCAGGCAAAAGAAGCAGCCGACAGUUGUUCUUACGCCAUCACAAAGAAUAAAUGGGGAUCAGUUGACUAACGAUGCAUCUUUGAAGGCUGCCCAGGCUAUUUUCAAAAUGCAUACAGUUCCAACAACAACAUCUACCGCCCCGAAGGCCGCUAUCGUCUCGAAGGAAAGACCACAAACCAGAAAGACCCAAGUGAGGACACCCAAGCCCGCCCCCAAGAGAACCUCUGUGCUAGUGGCUCAGCAGAAAAAGACACCAACAGGAAAUGAGAAGUCUAGUAGUGCCCAAGCAGCUGCAGCACAAGCAGCAGCAAGCGUUGCUCAUCAUGACUUAGUUCAAAUUGAUAGCCAGCUCAAUCUACCUAUGAAAGAUAUGAAUUAUUUAACUCCUCCCUAUCUCAGAUCAAAUGUUAGUUCUCGUGCUAACUCACGAAGCGGCUCUUUCAAUAGCCAGCUAUCAUUGAGAAGUGGCUCCUCCAUGGCAUUGGAAGACAUUAUGGCCAAGUUACAGGCAACCAAUGAUCACUCUGGAGAACAUUCACUAGCGUCACCUAGAGGUUCUAGUGACUUCACUAAAUCCUCAAGUAAAGUGCAACAAGGUGAAAAUAGCGAAGUGCCAGCUUCCAACUAUACAGUUAGUGCCGAUCGAUUGCCUUUCAUGAAGUAUAAAAGCGAAGCUCAUUACUCUUCACCAUAUAUUAUUACCGAGAGCAAGAAUAAUUCAGCCCGUCAAACGUACCCUGGGGAAAUGAAUGGGAGCUUGGCAUCAUCGCCAUCAAAAUCAAGCGAAAGGUUAACUUUUCGAGGUUCUCGCAACAGGAGCUUAAAUGGAAGAAUACCGCCUCCAAAGGAAUUUUUGGAGGAUGAUAUGGGCUCAAUUUCUUCGUUGGAAUCGUCUAGACUUUCGGAAGCUCCUCCAACUAAUGACGAAGAAUUGAGCGAUAUCGAUUUGAUGGAAUUUGGACGAUCUGGAAAUAUAGAAGAUUACAGACAUCAGCCGAACAAUUCAAUAAGCGACCAAGAUCGCAGAUCAAUUGAUUUGAACUCAAGUGAGGUGUCCUAUGAUGCUUUGAGUAAAAUGCCACAACAGGUACAAUAUAGAGGAACACUGCCUGAUCUCAUUCCCAACCACAAGAGGAGUUCAAAAAUGAGUAAAUUUAAGUCACUUUUUGGAAAGAAACAUUUGAUAGAAGACAAUGACCCUCAAAAGUACAACAUCGUCACGAAGGAUGACGUAACACUUGUGAAAACAGGUCAGCCAGUUAAAUUUAAGACAACUAUGAGAAAGACUAGCAACGACAAUGAACCUGAGCCCUCCAGUGAUAGCGACGAUAGUAAUGAUAGCAGCUCCGAGGGAGAUCUACCCGAAAAAACCAAAGUGAAGAGGAGAAAGAAGAGAGUACGAAUUGGAAGACAAAUAAAGAAAGCAUCACAUCAUCAUCACUCGCACCGGGCCACUUUCAACGAGGAUAAACCUUGGAAAAGCCACAUAGACAUUGGCUUUGUUACUCAAGCAGAGCGGAAAAGAUAUGAAGGUAUGUGGGUUAGUAAUCGCAACUGUUAUUUAGAGCUACUUCCUUGGUGGAAUGAUGCGUCGGAGGCAGAUACUUUAGAAGAGGGAUUAAUACUCAAUCUCGUUGUGUUGGAUAUUUGGUCUCGAAGUAACCUUCCACAAGACAGGCUUGCUGCAAUUUAUGAUAUGGUAGAUACAAGAGGAGAUGGAACUUUGAACCGGCAAUCCUUUAUUGUUGGAAUGUGGCUUGUCGAUCAAAGCCUUUAUGGGCGAAAACUUCCAGCUACGAUUGAUCAAAGAGUGUGGGACAGUGUUGACAAGUAUAUUAUAAACGUGCCAUCUGAAUUCAAGCAAAAACUUGAACACAAGCGGAACCAUAAAAGCUUAAAGAAGGAAAUGAAAAGUUUGAAGAAAGAUCUUAAGCGUAUUCAGCUAUAG